AUGCCCCCGGUACGGACCUCGCGCAAUCGCAAACCGCCCCCGGCAGGCUUCGAUGAUAUAGAGGAUACACUGCUGGAGUUCAGUAAUAAGAUGAAAGAUGCGGAGAAUGCAUCGCAUGACGGAAAGAAGAAGCACGAGAUGCUGUGGCCCAUAUUCCAGAUCAGCCAUCAGAGGUCCAGAUACGUAUAUGACUUGUACUACGAGAAAGAAGCCAUAUCAAAACAGCUGUACGAAUGGCUUCUGAAGAACAACUAUGCGGACGCCAACCUGAUCGCUAAAUGGAAGAAGCAAGGCUACGAAAAGUUAUGCUGCCUCCGGUGCAUUCAGACGAAGGAAACGAACUUUAAUGCAACUUGCAUCUGCCGGGUACCCAAGGCGCAGCUCAAAGAGGAUCAAACAAUUCAAUGUGUUAGCUGUGGGUGCCGCGGUUGUGCUAGCAGCGACUAG